AUGAAGACCAACACGCCAGGCUCCUCCCCAGCGACCUGCAAAGCUGCAGGACAGGGGGAGAAGAGCUGCCCUGUCUGCCAGGCCUGGGGAGGGGUCUCAGGCCUGGCAUCUAAGUCAGGACCUAAACCAGAGCCUGGGUCUGUUUCAGGACCUGGGUCAGGGCCUGGAUCAGGGCCUGGUGUGGUUCUUGGAGCUGGACCAGGACCUGGUGCUGUGUCCAGGAUAGAAUCAGGGCCUGGGCCUGGGCUCAGGUCGGGGUCUGAGACAGGGCCUAAACCCAGUGAGUCCACAAUUGCCCCAACACCAGAACCACAGCAAAAGACUCAGGCCACAUCCGUGCAGGCCCCUAAGCAGAAGGUUCUGGUGACUGGAGGAGGUGGCUACCUGGGUUUCAGUCUAGGUUCCAGCCUAGCCAAGAGCGGCACAUCUGUUAUCCUGCUCGACCUCCGCAGACCCCUGUGGGAGAUGUCCCCAGGGACUGAGUUCAUCCAGGCUGAUGUUCGAGAUGAAGAAGCCCUGUACCGAGCCUUUGAAGGGGUGGACUGUGUCUUCCACGUGGCAUCCUACGGAAUGUCUGGUGCUGAGAAGCUGCAAAAAGAGCAGAUUGAGUCUAUAAAUGUUGGCGGCACCAAGCUAGUGAUUGAUGCAUGUGUCCGCCGGCGGGUUCCCCGGCUCGUCUACACCAGCACUGUCAAUGUGGCCUUCAGCGGGAAGGCCAUAGAACAGGGUGACGAGGACUCUGUGCCAUAUUGCCCCCUGGAGAAGCACAUGGACCACUACUCCCGAACUAAAGCCAUCGCCGACCAGCUGACCCUCAUGGCCAAUGGAACGCCUCUCCCAGGAGGAGGUACUCUUCGGACGUGUGUGCUGCGGCCUCCAGGGAUCUACGGCCCCGAAGAGCAGCGGCACCUGCCCCGCGCGGUGAGCCACAUCAAGAAGAGGCUGCUCAUAUUCCGAUUUGGGGACCGCAGGACGCGGAUGAACUGGGUCCACGUGCACAACCUCGUGCAGGCUCACGUGCUGGCCGCCGAGGCCCUCACUGCGGCCAAGGGCUACGUGGCUAGUGGACAGGCGUACUACAUCAACGACGGGGAGAGCGUCAACCUCUUCGAGUGGAUGGCCCCGCUGUUUGAGAAGCUGGGGUACAGCCAGCCCUGGAUCAAGGUACCUACUUCCUGCGUUUACCUGACAGCUGUGGUGAUGGAGUACCUGCACCUGGCCCUGAGGCCCCUCUGCAGCAUCCCACCACUGCUCACCCGGAGCGAGGUGUGCAGCGUGGCCGUGACGCACACCUUCCGCAUCGCCAAGGCCCGCGCCCAGCUCGGCUACGCGCCGGACAAGUUCAGCCUCGCGGACGCCGUGGGCCGGUACGUGCAGGCCACGGCCGCGCGGCCCCGCGGCUCCGCGGCGCGGACGGUCCUGCGCCUGCUGCUCGCGCUGCUGCUGCUGCUCGGCCUGCUCGCCCUGGCCCUGCGCGCCCCCGGCCGGGAGCCGUCUGCUAAUCCUUCCCCCGGACCUGCACCUGCCGGGUCCUUCCCCCGGACCUGCACCUGCCAGAAUCCUUCCCCCGGACCUGCACCUGCCGGGGUCCUUCCCCCGGACCUGCACCUGCCGGGGUCCUUCCCCCGGACCUGCACCUGCCGGGUCCUUCCCCCGGACCUGCACCUGUCGGGGUCCUUCCCCCGGACCUGCACCUGCCGGGGUCCUUCCCCCGGACCUGCACCUGCCGGGGCCAGUCCUCCCCACUUGCAUCCCUCCCCGAUCACCCGAGUCCCGGACCCGCCCCUGGCCCGCCCCCCGAGUCCUGGCCUCGCCUUCUCGCUUCUCCUCCGGACGGCCCCGGUGAUUGACAAGCCUGCUCCGCCUUCCGAGCCUUCUCCCCGGCCCGGGCCCGGGCUGUCCCCUGCUCAGCUGGGCUCCACCUGCUUCUGA